UGCGCACGUGCGCGGCGUUUCCUCUCUCAUGCUGCUUGCAGCUGCAUGUCAAAUCUGGCGUCACUGACGCAAGUUUCAUUCAUGACAGCGUGAAAUCGUGAUGUUGAAUGAGACGACGGGUGCGUGGACACGUCGCUGUGGCACAUCUUGGUAGAAAGCAAAAAUGGCGACGAUGCCCGAACGCGAAUGAGACGUGGUGACAGUCGAUGAAGCAUGGGAGAGACGCGUGUUGCCAGAUGAUAGCGGACGCGUGGUUGCAAGAUGGAGCGGGAAUACUCGGUUAAUUAUAGUUAGCUAUAAUUGUACCGAUGUUUACGAUGCGAGCAACAUCACAAUGUCACCAUCAUCGCUAUGACGCGGCAAACAGGAAUUGCAUCAUGCAGCUGUCAGCAACGCGGGAAAUCUUAUUUUUGAUGCGCAUUCAACCAAAGAACAUUUAUUUUUAUAUUAAUUUCGUAAUCGGAAGUCCAAGAUCCGCGAAGAUCGCAGAUGAUUGGCCGACGUUGCGCCCUUUUUGCCUUGAGCAUCCUCCUGAUCCUGGUCCUCAGCGUGAAUGUCUACUUCAUUCGGAUGAUCGUCGACAGUGCCUCCUCGCAGAAGACUUCCUCCAGGAAUUUGCCAGAACCAAAAGCGAGGCAAGAUCCCUCUACUCUGCGGUCCAAUGAAAAGGAUCCGCAGCCACAAUUGAAGCCAAUCUUGAAGGACAUCAGUGAGAGGAUCAAGGAAGAGAUUCGCACACUGCCCUCCAAGUAUUUCAAGCAGAACACCAGUUACACUCUCGUCCUGGACCGGCUGCUGGCCGAACUGAAAAUAAUGCCAAACGUUCGCGAGGAUAUCUGGAAUAUUCCUAAUAACAAUUGGCCAGAUGCACAUCAGCUGAUUCCCCCAGCCGCCCCGGAACUAGGAACCAUCCUGGAAGUCCUGCGCAAGUCCAGAGUGGUCCGCGUGGAUAACGCUCUGCUAGGAACGCAACUGAAACUGAUGCUGAACUUGGAGAACGGCGUGAGAGCGUUAUUUAAGCCACAGUGGUAUCCCAGAGACGCCAUUAUACGCGGACCAGUGUACCACGGCAAGGAUCGUCACAAUGCUGAAGUGGUGGCCUUUCAUUUAUCAUCCUUGCUGGCGUUGCGAAGAGUGCCACUCGCCGUUAUACGAAAACUUGAUCUCAAAGAAGAGGUUCGCCAGUUCGCCACGCCGGCGUUGUACGCGACCAUGUAUCAGGAGGGCAACGACACGUGCCUGUACGGCGUUUGUCACUAUUGCUCUCCAGCCGAUCCAGUUUGCGGGACGGGGGACGUGCUGGAGGGUGCCUUCAUCUUCUGGCUUCCGCAGUACCUGAGACUGGUCAAGCAUCGUCAUCCUUGGCAACGGACUUACAAGAAGAACAAACUCGCCACGUGGGAGGUCGACGAGAAAUACUGUGACAGGGUGAAGGACUCGAAAGCCUAUUCGCCGCAAUCGUCGAGCAGACUCUUGGAUCUGAUCGACACGGCGAUCUUCGAUUUUCUCAUGGACAACGGCGAUCGUCAUCAUUACGAGGUCGCGCAAAAUAAUUUUCACAAUCCCGCGGUGUUGUUGAUCGACAACGGGAAGAGUCUCGGCAAUCCCGACGUGGAUCAUCUUGACAUUCUAGCGCCUCUCUACCAGUGCUGCAUAAUUCACAAAACCACGUGGAACAGGUUGCGACUGUUUAGCGGUGGAUCCCUGAGCGUCGCACUGGGUAAGCUCGUCGCGCACGAGGCUAAAAUGUCGGACAUUCUUCCACUUGUGACGGAGGCGCACUUAAGUGCCAUAGACAGAAGACUGCUUAUAAUUUAUGCUGCAGUGGAGAAUUGCCUGAAAGAAAAGAAAUACGCUUCCAAUGUGAUUCUGGAUCAUCGGUAGUCCAAGUGCCAUUUCUAAGUUUACAAUGGGUUUUAGACAUAAACGAAAACGUUUGAAAAGUCAAUAGAGAACUGAAGAACCCGACUUAACCUGUUAAAAAUUAACCAGAACCACGGUGUAAGAAUAUAAGGUGAUUUCACGAUCAUUGUAUUCUAUCAAAAAAUCUGUGAUCAAGAUGUCAUAGUUAAGGCAUGUCACACAAGAUGUCACGUUGAUGCAAAAUCCCAAGUAAAAGAAUAGAAGAUAUGGAUAGAUGUGAAAGGAUAGAUGAUGAAUCUCUAAAGCACAUCUAUAUAUA